AUGCCCUCUUUAACACCUUGGUGGGCCCUCAGUUUACAUGCAGCGACCCUUAACCAACCACUCCCGCAGGUCGGGGGUCCCCCUCCGGGGGUCGCAAGUGGCGCCCAGACGUGGGGCUCGAGUUACAGACCACCGGUCGGACGGCAGAGGAAACGAGUCCGGAGCUUGUCCCCUAAGACGCCAGUGUGCCCGUGGUUUGUAGUUACCUGUCCUAAAAUUGCCCUAAGCACUUGGGAACAAAUUGGUGAAGAAUUAGAUGAACACUUUCUUACUCAUGGAAGCAAAGCUGACCAAAAAACCAUUAGUCAAUAUUGGAAUCUCUUAAAAAGUAUAAUAGUAAGGGCAGAUGUUGAUUCCAAAAGCAGAGACAUCCUUCAAAAGGCACAGAGUCAUCUGCAAAUUGCCUCCCACGAGUGUUCUCAGGCUUGCUCGAGGUCCAGUUCUUUUGUCAAUCUGUCUGUUAGCAACCCUGACAAAUCCUCCGAGUCAACCCCAUCUUUGUCUGAUAAAAUGAACAAAAUCCGGUCAGAAGUCCGGUCCCUUACUUCAAGUAUUUACCCAUCCUCUCGUGCAGUGGCUACUGCCCCUCCUGAAGAGCCCCUAGACCCUGCUGAUGCACAAAAUCUAGAAAAUGCAGCUGCUACUUAUCAGCAUGCUACUUACCCUCCUCUCUCUGAGCCACCUCCCUACAAUUCCUCUAUGCCAGACCCCCCUCAAUCUCUUCAUCCACCCUUUCCAAACUCAAAACUUUUCCAUAAAGAUAACCCCCUGCAAGAUUUAAAAGAAAUUGUAACCCUUGAACAGCGCCUCUCUAAGCUUCUAACUAAAAAUAACCUUGCUCUGCAAUUUCCCGUUCUGGAUGGGAGAGGGGAAGAAGAGGAGCCCCCUCGUCCAGCUCCCACUCCUCAACCUAGUAAGCUCCCCCGCCCCCGAACCAGGCAACAAGCUAGACAAAACCCUGACCCCGAUGCUAUUGAGGAAGAGCCUGCUGCUGCUGAAGCUGCAGCUGCACCUGCCCCUAACAGUUCCUCAAUUGAAGAAAAUGAAACUCAUCUCUUAAACCAGCUUAGACAAUAUAAAGCCCUUAAUAAAAAGGAUUUGCAUGAACUAUUUAAAGCUGUAAACACCUACGGCACGUCUGCCCCCUAUACCCUUUCUUGCUUAGAGGCUAUGGGUGGUGGAGGUCUUGUCCUGCCAUUUGAAUGGAAAGAAAUUGUUAAAACUGCCCUUAAACAAGAAUUAUACCUCCUUUGGGAAGUAGAAUUUACUAAUCGCUGCAAAGAAAUUGCAGGCACCUUAGCUGCCCUUCAGGCAUGGAAGUCCCUGCCCCGUGCCGGUGCCUCCACGGCUCCACUGGCAAAAAUUACUCAAGAAUCAGAUGAGCCCUAUCAUAGUUUUAUUUCUCGGCUCCUAGAAGCAGUAGAAAGAAUUUUGGGAGUAUCUGCCACAGACACUGAUAAUGCCCUAGUAAAACAACUUGCCUUUGAAAAUGCAAACCCUGCUUGCAAAAGCAUCCUUCGUGGCAACCUUAGGGGGAAGUCCCUGCAUGAUAUGAUUUCAUUAUGUCGAGAUGCUGAUCCUUUUGUCCAUAAAGUCACCAAGGCUCUAGUAGCCUUUCAAGGCCAAAAUAAAGGAAAAACUUGCUUCCAAUGUGGGAAACCUGGCCAUUUUGCCUCCCACUGCCCUCAAAAGCAAGCUCCAGCCAUGCAAACAGGCACUACUAACCCUCGCCCAUCCCUCUGCCCUCGAUGCCGUCGAGGCAGACAUUGGGCAGCUGUUUGCCGUUCCAACACUGACAUUGAUGGCAACCCCCUGCCUCCGGUUCAGGGAAACGGGCAGCGGGGUCAGCCCCGGACCCCAGCUUAUACCAACUUCCAGCCGGCCUCGGGGAACAGCCGGCCCAACAACCAGUCAGUUGCCCAGCAAUCUCAGCCAAACCAGUUUGCAGCCCUCUCUCAAACCCUGCCCCAACAGGUGCCAUGCACUCAACCUCUGGUCCCUCGCAGUAUGUUGCCCCCUCAGCAACCUCCCUUGUCAGGGCCACCCCAGGCAGCGCAGGACUGGACCUCGGCGCCUCCUCCCCAAGGAUAUUAA